AUGAGCGAUUUGAAGAAGAAUUAUGACGUAUAUAUUGACGAUAUCAUAUCUUCUUUCAAAGAAAUCUCCAGCUUCAUUGGCAAAUCUUCGGAAAACGAAUCAUAUGUCCAACGUUCAUAUGAAAUUGUAAAUGUCACUUCCAUAGCGAUUAAAAUCUCUCAAUCUGAACGGCAAUUAGUGUUACAAGAGUUAAUUAACUCAUUAUCUCAACUUUACAAUUUGACCACUUGUAAGAUUACCGUCAAGUUAGUGUUAAAGUCUUUAGACAAGCUUAUGAUACUUGCCAAAUUUGUCAGUAUAAACACACAUUCCAUCAAUUGCAUUCUAAAUUUACUUAAAAAGAUCUUUACGGAAUCUAAUAAUGAUUCAGAAUUGCUGUUAAAACUAAUGCAAAUUAUUCUAUCUCUUUCUUCACCAAAUUCAUUAAUAUACCAUGAUAAUAACCUAUUUCAGCAAUCUUUCAAUCUCCUUUGUCUGAUUGGUAAAAAAAUGGAUGGUCCUAAAACAAAUGAAAUUGUCACAGCAGCACUUGAAAAUUUACUACUACAACUAACAUCGCUUUAUACAAUUAAAUUGGAUAAAUUGUGUGAUGAAAACAAAUUUAAUCAACUCUUUAAUGAACAUAUAAAUGCGAUAUAUCAUUCAUCAGAAUGUGAAAUAAUUCUACAUACAUUGCUAUCUGAUUUUAUAAAUCUGAUUGCUAAGAAAGACGUUCUAUUUGCUGAAUUAACUACACCGAAGGCAUUGGAUUUUAUUUUACUAAUUUCUAAUAAUUUGAGCUUAGAAUGCAUUAAAAAUGAUCCGAAUGUUAAUAAGGUGCUAAUUGACAUCCUAUUUCAGGUUGAAUACCUAAUUUAUGAUUCAAAGGUUAUGUCCAAAUAUAUUUUAAUGGCAAAUGGUAUAUUUGAAAUACUUCCUAAUAUCACACAGGAUUUUGUAACUCAAGUAAUCAGUUUAUGCAACAAAUCUCACGGCAAUGUAUCUGUUGUCUUAUUGCUAAUAUGUUUAUUGGUAUCUAAUCACCCUAGAUUAAAAGCUGAAAAUAGCGAAACAACAAAAUUGCUUAACCAUUUCACUAACAAAUUGUUUAAUAUGAAAUAUAGUGUUUCGGACCUAUCAAUAUCAUCAGCAGAUGUGUUACAAGCAGUUGAAGAAAUUAAUGACACUUGUAUCAAUUUAUCUAGGUUGUUAAGUAACGGUAAAUUGGAACCUUUGGAUACAAACAAAUAUACAUGUAUAAUUUGCUUGCAGGGAAUAAUAUCCAUAAUGUUAAAACAUCAAAGAGAAUCAGUGACACUGCAUAACGGCAAGCCAAUUUUCCAGAUUUUUUUGUCAUCAGAACAGUCGACAAAACUAGUAUAUUCUUCACUAAAUCUUCUAUAUGGUAUAAGUGAUGAUAAGCAGUUUAUAAUGGAGUUCGUUUGCAAUCGCGCAUUGUACGAUGUAGUUUCAAUUUAUCCUUUGGAUUGCGUAUACAAUAUUUUCAAGCAAAUUGAUGUUUACAAUGAAAAAUUGUUGGAAAUGCCCAUUAGGACACUAAUACGAGUGAUUUACAAUAUUGUCGGCACUUAUAAUGGCGAUCCAACAAUUGAAAUACUACAUAGUUUGAUUGACGAACUGCAGGUGGGCAAGGUAAUAAAUCAAUUUGUUGCUGCACUGGGAAAUCAUGUGUUAAGGCCCAACAUUAUUGACAUUUUGAAUGAUUGUCUAAAAUCCACUAAUUUGUUCAGGAAAAAAUUUGGAAUUGAAAUAUAUCUAUACUUGGUGAAAUCAGGAUCACUGGAUGAUAUAAUUGAAUCGCUCAAAUUACUUAAUAUUAAGGAUGAUAAAUUUUACCACUAUGCCACAUUAAAAUAUUUUGAUGAAAUAAACACAAAAAUUCAACAAUCUACCGAUACGCCAUUGUUAAAUAUAGAUGACUGGGAGAAGCUGUUCAAGCUGCAUUUUUCGUCUGGUGUGAUAGAUACUCUGAACAAGUGUCUAGAUGAAAAAAUGAACUUUUUGGGUACUGAUGAUUGGCAUUAUAUCAUUCUUACGUUAGCAAAAACAACUAGUGUAGCCUCUGAUAAAGCUGGAAAUUGUGAUAAGGUGAUACAGAUGCUAGAACAAAUUGUUGAUAACGGAGAUUUUGAUAUUCAAUCUACGAUAGUCAGUUUAUUCGAGUGUAUAGGUAAUUGCUGCAAGAAUUUCUGCAUCAAAGAUAACCAGGAUUGUUGCAUACUUGGGGAUAACGAAGGCUUUAGACUUGUAGGCAUAAUCUGGAAAAUUGCGGAUUUGAUUGGUAAAGAUGGUAUAACUAAUGAACAGCAUUGGUGGCAUGUUUUACAAUCAUUAAUAAAGCUUUCAAUGGAAAGUUCAAUUGCCAUAAAGAUAUGUUCUAUUAGAUCUCUAACCACUACAAUGGUUACUUACUGGAAAUUAUUUCAAUUUUUAUUGCCUAUGUUUUUUUUUGAAUGGAACAAAGUAAUUAAUGUUGCCAAGGAUAAUGAUGAUUUGGUGGAUCAGGAGUCAUUAUUUAAUGUGUGUGUGCAUGAGACCCUGGAAGUGAUGAAGGCGGUUGAAUUUGAAGAGAAAUAUCGCAUUUUAAGCCAAUUUAUUGACCUUAUUGCUUCCAGGUGUGAGGUUUCUGUUUUCGCUGAUAUCAUCGAAUAUUUAAACGAAUAUAAACAAUACACGGAUACAUGCAUCUAUAUUCAGACAAUUGAACACUUUAUAAAUAGGGCAAUUGAGUAUGUAGAGGCCAAAGAUUCACCUAAUUGCACAAAAAUCAGCGAAGUAGCCUUGAAAAUUUUAAAAUCUAAAUGUACAUUAGCUUCUGACAACUAUGUAAUCAUCAUCUCUCUCAUCCAUUUAGUUACCAUUAAUAAUAGAAGCUUGUUUACGAAUGGUAGUAUCGGCCAAUCUAAGGCAAUUGUUAAGGCGAAUGGAUGUGAUUAUUUGGAUUUAUGGUUCGGUUAUAUGGAGAAUUUGAUAGUAUCAAUCAAGUCAGAUGUUAUUUUUUUUAAGUCAUCAAAGAUAAUCGACACUUUAACAAACUUAAAUUACCACGAUGCGUCCACAUAUAUAAUUUCUAAUUAUAAUUCAAUUUUGAAUGCAGUCUCCCUACACACGUUGGAAAAGGUGCUGUCCAACAGCAAUGUUUAUGAAACUUAUUGUCAAAGAGAUAUUAAGGAUUUUGUCUAUACAAUUUGUUCCCUAAGCUCCCACAUUUCUAUUAGCUGUUUCAAUAGAAUAUUGGAUGCUGUAUCCCAAUGUUUCAGCAACUGUUGUUGUGUUUUGAUCGAAAGGCUGGUGCAUAUAAUGCAGCAAAUGGUUUGUAAUCAGAAUGAUGAUUGGUUGAAUCUAAUACCUUCAUUUGUAAGACUAUUGAAGUAUGGAUUAUUCCGUGUAGAUUUUCACCUAUUCUACAUAGACAAGAUAACACAAGUAAUCAGAUAUCUUCUUAUCACGAGACAGCAUUUUCCAGAUGAAUUACUGACUUGUGUCUAUUCAAUUUCCUCUAGAACCGCCGAUUUUAACAACGAAACAAUGACCCUGCACUUGGUUCUCAUUAAUCUGUUGGAAAUGGCACUUCUAGUUACUGAAAAUAUAGAAUCAAUGUCUAUAGAUGUAAAUAACACUAUGCGGAUGUUAUAUGAAAUACUUGAUAUUUAUGCAGAUAACAUAGAUAUAGGUUACAACGUUACACUUAGGUUAUUUAAUGAUUCCCAAGAUCCAAACCCCAAAUACAGCGCAUUUGUUACACUCGUUUUGCGUCUUAAAAAGUCUCUAAGUGAAGGAAACAUUGUCGCUAUUUGUGGCAUAUUACCAUCUAUACUCAAGCACAAGAUAUCGCAACCGGAUCAAAUUGGUUUGACUGAUCCCGUAUUUGAAAUAUUCAAACCUUAUUGCUUAAUUCCAUGUAUACUACCAUAUCUGAAGAUUGCCAAUGAUAUACAUCAAGAUAGUACGGUGAAUGAGGUAUACCUUUCAGCCGUAGAUCUUGCUGUUGACAGGCUAACCUUUGGGUUAAAUUUGAAAAAAAUUGCGGAACAACUUUGA